GGGCGGUCCAGUUUGCGAACAGCCGGGCUCGGGUUGCAGGCCGGCCGGCAGGGUCUCCCCGCCGUCGGUGCGUAAGUCCAUUUAUCACUCGUCUGUCCGAGGCCAUGGCGAAGCCGGUGCUGCUCACCCUUUUGGGGCUGGGACUGACCCUUUUGAAAGAUCACCGGCCUUCUUACGAAGCACGACUUAAAGCUUUCCAAGAAGUAGAACCAGUGCAACCUGCUAACUGUAAAUUAGUGAAAGGAAUAGAAACUGGCUCUGAGGACUUGGAAAUACUUCCUAAUGGACUGACUUUCAUUAGCACUGGAUUAAAAUAUCCUGGAAUAAAGAGCUUUGAACCUGAUAAGCCUGGAAAAAUACUUCUGAUGGACCUGAAUGAAGACGAUCCAACAGUGUUAGAAUUGAGGAUCAUUGGAAGUGAAUUCAAUUUGUCUUUAUUUAACCCUCAUGGGAUUAGCACAUUCACAGAUGAAGAUAAUACCAUAUACCUGCUGGUGGUGAAUCAUCCAAAUAUGAAGACCACUGUUGAGUUGUUUAAAUUUCAACAAGAAGAAAAAUCACUUUUGCAUCUGAAAACCAUCAGACACAAACUUCUGCCCAGUGUGAAUGAUAUUGUUGCUGUGGGACCAGAACACUUUUAUGCUACAAAUGAUCACUAUUUUACCGACCCCUACUUGAAAUCCUGGGAGUUAUAUUUAGGUUUAGCGUGGUCAUAUGUUGUUUACUAUAGUCCAAAUAAAGUUCAAGUGGUGGCAGACGGAUUUGAUUUCGCUAAUGGAAUCAGCAUUUCACCUGACGGCAAGUAUGUCUAUAUAGCUGAACUACUGAGUCAUAAGAUUCAUGUGUACGAAAAACACGCUAAUUGGACUUUAACUUUAUUAAAGUCUCUGGUCGCGAAUACACUCGUGGAUAACAUAUCCGUGGAUCCUGUGACAGGGGAUCUUUGGGUUGGAUGCCAUCCCGAUGGCAUGAAAAUCUUUCACCCCUCGAACAGUCCUCCUGGAUCAGAGGUGAUCCAAAUACAGAACAUUUUAACAGAAGAACCCAAAGUCACACGGGUUUAUGCAGAAAAUGGUACAGUGUUGCAAGGAAGUACAGUUGCCUCUGUUUACAAAGGGAAAUUGCUGAUUGGCACCGUGUACCAAAAAGCUCUUUAUUGUGAGCUCUAACAGGCCGGUUUGCGCCCAUGUCAUGGUGACCUGAACAUUUCAACUGCUUGCCACAUUGGUCACAAUGAUCUCAUCUGAACAAUGAAUAUUGACCCUAAAUUAGGACCUCAUGAGGGAUGAAAAGUGCUGUGUAACUGGGAACAAAUAUGAUGUAUAAGUCUUUUUUGAGAGUAUGAUAUCAAAAUCAGUCUUGGAAUACUUGAAAAUCUCAUGUACCGAUACAAAUCCUCUUCAAUAAAAUGGCUAAAAUGAUCA